AUCCCGUCGCUAUAGAACUGAUGUGACGCUUCGGAAACACUACACGCCAUUCUGCACACGGGGUUUAAAUCUAUUUUCCACAUCGAUUUGUUGAUUUCCACAGCUUAAGAAUCGGGCUUUCUGAACUUGUGACACCUUAAGUUGGUUAGCAACCUACAACAUCGAGGAAACCAGCACCCACAGAGUAGGGAAACCGAGUUUAGCGACGGGAAAUGCCGACAGCCCUGGACCAAAGGCCAGAUGAAAUAGGGUAUCCCCACAUCCAGUCCUUCAACCCGAACCCUAAAACUCUGACCUGGGAACGUCUGGAAAACAAACGCCUCAGCAAGUUAGGUCUUGGAUCCAAGCGCUAUUCUCGCCAUUUCCAGCGAUUCCAGCGAGACAAUACCAACAUGUCGGAUCCGCUCCCUGCCACGAUCGUUAAGGAGGGUGGAACCAGUUACGUUAUCAUCGGAGGGGAGAAAGUGAAAAUGAACUCGAUAGCGCCAUUUUACACGGAGGAAAAACCCACCUGCGGCUAUUUCUUUAGCCGCCAAACGGACAAUAAGAAGAAGAAAUUCGGAAUAGCACCCAGUGACCUUGUCAAGUGGAGGUCUUUUGUGCAGUAAUUGGAUCCGCUCCUCUGGCAAAUUUUAGACCUGUUAAGUGAUCACUAAGACUUAGCUUUUUUGCUUUCUAUCAUGUGGAUUUUACGAAAAUAGGACAGAGCUUAUUUAUUUCGUUAAGAGUGCAUCUGUGUGGUUUUCCUGGGUCACCUGCUUAAUCUCCUUCAAUGUGUGGAUUUUUAUAAAUAAUGAUAAAAAAAAGUGAUUAUAAAUGAAAAAGUAAGUGCACCAGUUUGAAAGAAUUAUCGAAGUGACGUAUUCUGAAUGUUAGCUGGUGAUUUUGUCAUAGAAAUGCGCAGCCUGGAGUUAUAGUGGAAGUAUUUAUGACUGUGUGCGCCCAGCGACGUUUCUAUUGUUUGUUGAUCAGUAUUACUGAGAGUAUUUGAAUAGCUCAAAAGUUUGUUGGUGUUUUUUUUAAACUUGUUUUUUGUUUUACAAAUUUUAUCUUUGUAUUAACCGUGUUAUCUGUUCUUACUAUCAGUAUUGCCCCCACAAGCGUGCUUUGACUAUAUACACCCUCUAUUGCCAUCGUUUACACCCUUUUUAUUCAUGAUUAUAAAUUAUGAUUUAUACUGUAUAUGUAUUGCAUAGUAUUAUUAUGAUGUGUAUUCGGACGAAAACACUGUUUUUUGUGAUAAGUGUACAUAGUUAUGAUUUCACUUCUAAGGCUUUUCAAAAUAGUCAACUCUAUUAUUAUCAUGUUAAAAAAAAUCUGUAUAUGUUCUCCAAAUUGUUUAAAGCAAUAAAAUUAAUUUGCAUAAUAA